AACAACAACCGCAAGACCCUCUCUUCCUUUCCAUAGCUUCUCCCCCUCAUCCUCAAGCAACCCUCUUGUCUGUUUCACUAAUCAAUCUAAUCAACGCAGCAGUGCACUGUCGGAGUUCCUUAGCUAGCUGGCCUUCGUUUAGUAAGGCAUUCAUCACAAAAUAAAAGAUGUCCCCUCGAAAACGCAAACCGAACAACCUGGAGACAGAGAAAAACAACGGCAAGAAUGGAGACCAGAACGAUCCUGCUGUUGUGCGAGCCCAAGCCGUCCCCAAGAAACCCAUGACCAGCACAACAACAUCAGAUAAGAGCAAGCCAGUAGAAGAAGAAACAGAUCCCCAGAAAAGGCUCAUGGCAGCAUGGUCAGCGGAAGGACCUACCCGAAUUGUCCAGUGCCUUGCCAUGUACCGAUUUAUCCUAUUCAUGAUCUUGGUCUAUGACUACGCCACCUAUCUGCCUCAUCAGCCGUGGAAUGAUCCCUAUCACGACACUUGGUUCACCUAUGAUCAAUUCGAAUUCCUCACAUAUCAGUUGGCACCCAAAUUUAGCAAUCCCGUCUGGGGCAAUGAAGCCUCCAGAUUGCUCUAUUACGGGGGAUGUGCCCUGGGGAUCACGGCGGCCUUGGGAGGCAUUCCGGGAACUCCGUAUAGCUUUGAGUUUUGUGCCACCGCCUUGUGGCUCUUGUAUGCCUUUCGAUUCUUUGCCUUUGUGCACAUUUUCACCAAUCACCAUUAUCUAUUCCUGCUACUCGCCUUUUUGGUCAUUGUCGCGGGAGGAGGCAGCUACUUUCCUCCACCGGGAUUUACCACAAGUGACGUUAAGGACGACAAGAAUACAAACGACAAUCCAAGCACAGUCCAACAAAAACGACAACAGCGACAAAAACAACGACUGACCAAAAGGAUUCAAAAGAGCGAAUGGGGCGCCAUCAUGUUACGCACCACUUAUGCCGUGGUCUACUUUUUUGCUUCACUCUGGAAAUUCACACCCGAUUGGCUCGAUGGAACCAUUUGCAAAAACAUUUUCACAUCCUUUGAAGAUCAAAAUGUCAAUCGGGGUGUCGCAUGGAAACAACUCUACGCACAACAUGGACCCAUGCUAUUUCGCAUUGUCGCAUUGGGUGGUAUCAUUCUGGAUUCGAGCAUGUUUUUGGCAUUGACCAUGAGACGACCCACUCAAAAAUCCACCAGACUCUUUACCAUAUUGUCCAUGAUGUUUCAUGGAUUCGUAUGCUUUACCAUGAGUCAACGCAUCGGGUACACAUUUCCCUGUUGUUGUCUCGCGGGAUCGCUCAUUUUUCAACCCAUUGGACGCAACGACCAAGAACGAGAACAAGAGGCACGAGCCUAUGCGGCGUCCAAAAAGACGGAUGACAAUAACGACAACAACGACAAAGCAGUGGUAGUCGCAGUACCCGUACAAGCCUUGGUGCGAGAUGAAGGGAACUUAUUAGAAUGGAUCUAUCGGUAUAUUGUCGGCGGGAAGCAGGCGAGAGCAUCGCCGCGACAACGGUGCUUUGCAUUAGUGUGGGCAUUCCUUCAACUCGCCAUUCCCUUUCGCAUGCCCAUCAUCACCGGAGGAUCCUUCCCCUAUACCUCACGGGCAUACCGAUUCAGCUGGACCAUGAUGUUGCAUGGACGAAAUGCCAUGUUGAUGCAUCAUGGAAACCACACAUUGCCCAAUGGAAAAGAGCAACCAUUCGGAUUUGCCUUGGACCUGAUGCAACUCUAUCCCGAAUGCGCCGAUUUGGUCCCCAUCAUGAGAGCCAACCAUUCCCCCAAGUCAGUUUACGCCUAUGGCGACCCUCGAUCCAUAUCCAUGAUUCCGGAUCACCACGGGGUUGUGCAAGUUCGACAACGAGCAGUGGUCGACCAAUUCCCCCGACAUGUGGCCCGCGUGGCUGGAGGAUGGAGUAAUGCUCUUUGGCAGUUCAACCCUGAAGCGUGCCGGAAUCCACAGACGGGCGAGAAAAGGCCCAUGUCUGUGUAUGGAGUCUUGUAUACACAAUUGAAUGGCAAGGGCCCAUACUGCCGUGCAUUUGAUCCCACGGUGAACUUGGCCAAGGCGGAAGUUGCACGAAGGCAACGAAGCGUUUGGGAAACGAUUGUGGGAGUAGUGCUAGACAUUGGGCCACCAGGAUAUGAAUAUUUGCUGACCAAGGGCAUGGGAUCGUUGAGCCACAAGGUCCCCGCAUACCAACAAAUGUUGGAAACCCAAUAUCCCGAGGCCACGAAGAUUACCUUUAUUGCUGAUCGUGCCGCAUGUUUGACCGAUCGGCCGUUCACAUUGUGGCCCAGUGGGUUCCCGUUCGGGGUGAUCUUGCUCGAAAAGCCCGACAUGGCAGCAGUUCGAUUAUCCCGUCGGGACAUCCCCAGCGAUACGCCCCCAGAGAAACAGUUUGAAAACCUAGAGGCCCCAAAGUUUUUGGACCUGCGUCUGAAUAAACUGGAAGUGACUACUGCAAGCAUGUUUGAAAUCAGCACAAGGUCAACCAAGUUUACCCACUCAUUCCCAAAGUGUAUCGAAACGACACAGGAGGACAUCCUCAUUGCACUGGUGUAUAUGGCUUAGACAAGAUUGGUGCCCAUUGCGCAUCUGUCUACAAGCAAGAGAGCGCCUCGAAUUGGUAAACGGAGGCUCGACUGCAAUGAAUCUUGCAAAAAGCCGCCAUCAGAAGCAAGUGUGGCCAUAGCAGUUUGUCACAGCAGUUGCCACAACAGUCGUGCAUUCAGAGCUAGCACGUAACACGUUGAACAUCAAAACUGUGAGGAGUGAUCUUUUCCACUCUCGUGGUCUUGAGACCACAUCGGUCGUGCAUUCAGA